AUGGACGUGGCUCUAAUUCCCAAAUCUUUCCUACUUAACCCAACAAAAUCAACUAAGAAUUACCACCACAUCGCAUCAAAUUCUUUCAAUCAUUUCCUCAAACCCCAAACAUCCAAAACCCUAAUUUCAUUAUCUCAACAAACCAAACCCAAAACCCUCGUGGAUUUUGCAGAAAAUGAGAAGAAAAUCAUCGAAAAAUCCACCAUGUCUGAUAUUUUGAAAUCCUCGAAAGCACAAAACCUUGAACUCCAGCUGCAAACAGCAGGACCCUUCUUCAGAGUCACGACAAAGAGCUCUGAAACGAACAAGGUUCUGGGAAAAGAAGAGGGGUGA